AUGAUGACUGUGGCACUGGUAGUGGAACUAAUUUCAACCGUACUCUCGCUGCUUUGUCUACCAAUCAAUAUUAUGUUCGUCUAUGUCAUCUUGAAGGAGAAUCGAAAUCCGUACACUCCUUUUGCAUCAUCGUUCUUCCGACUCUGCAUACACCUCUCAGUGGCGGAUAUCUUGAUGUCUAUAUUCGCGACAAUAUUUUUCAAAUUUCCCAUAUUUGGCGUCUUUCCGGAGAGCUUCUAUGAAGAAAACUGGUCGGUGGUGCCAGUGGCAGGCGUGAAUUAUCUCGGUCAUUCACAAGCCAUCGGAAUCAUAUUUAUCGCAGUGAACAGGUUGGUCACGACAUUUCUUAUGAUUCUCCAAUGGACUAUACCACUGUUAUUCAUUAUUCCACUAUUCUUUACUGAAUUCACUUUUGUUAUGGAUCGAUCAACCGGCUCGGUCACUUUCUCAUCGAGAGAUGCUGUUUUCCACAAGAUCUUUUCCGUCCUUGCCGCAACUACACGUCCGGAAGAUGCUUGGAUGUACCGUACACUGUGGUUUGUUGUCAACGACGUUUUGUGCGCCAGCAACGCUCCUGUACUGCUGGCAUUGAACAAACCGAUACGAAACGUCUACAUGAAAAGGAUAGGACUGCAACACAGAGAAACUCAUACAAAGGGUUCCCUCAUCAAUCAUAUG